AUGGCGUCUUCAUUAUUAGAUAAUUGUGUCAAAUAUAUUAACAAGUAUCGAGAAACAGGGUACACAGAUGCGUCAAACUCUUCAAAAGAAAUAGCAGAGUCAUUAGGUAUAGACCCAAUCAUAAAAGAAGUACAAGUACGACGUAAGAAAACUGUUUUUAAUGAAAACAACGAUCAAGAUUUUUCGAUUAGCGCCGAAGAACGUUUUAAAAGAGAAUUUUUCUACACUCUUGUAGACACAGUCAGAGAAUCUAUAAAAGAAAGAUUUACUCAAUUUGAAAACCAUAAGCAAUUAUGGGGGUUUCUGUACAAUUUAGAAAAAUUACCACCUUCUGAACAUCUUUUUGGGCAUGCUGUAAAGAUCUGCAUGGAGCACUCUCGGAAGGGAGAUAGUGCUGAUAUAAAUUCCGUAGAGCUUUUCAGUGAACUUAAACAUCUGAGCUCACUUUUACCAAUUGGCAAAGGAUCACCUAAAUCAGCGCUCCAGUUUAUACAUGAUAUGAAAUUAGUUGAUGUAUUCCCUUACACAUGGAUAUCUCUAAGAAUAUUGCUGACGAUUCCAGUUACUGUAGCGUCCGGUGAACGAAGUUUUUCUAAACUUAAAUUAAUAAAAACUUAUUUGCGCUCCUCGAUGACAGAUGAUAGACUUUCUUCUUUAGCAAUAUUUUGUCAAUUGAAAAUGAUUUAG